AUGGGUCGAGUGAUUCGCAAUCAGAGGAAGGGUCGUGGAUCCAUUUUCACGGCCCACACCCGUCUGAACAAGGCUCCUGCCCAAUUCCGUACCCUUGACUAUGCUGAGAGACACGGAUACACCCGCGGAGUGGUGAAGGAGAUCAUCCACGACGCAGGCAGAGGUGCCCCCCUGGCCAAAGUCUCCUUCCGCCACCCAUACAAAUACAAAGACGUCGUCGAAACCUUCAUCGCCAACGAGGGCAUGUACACCGGCCAAUUCAUCUACGCUGGUAAAAACGCGACUUUGACUGUCGGAAACAUCCUUCCCCUUGGCUCCGUGCCCGAAGGUACUGUCAUGACCAACGUCGAGGAGAAAGUGGGUGACCGUGGCGCGCUGGGCCGUACGUCUGGGAACUACGUUACCGUCAUUGGCCAUAACCCUGAGGAAGGGAAGACCCGCGUCAAACUCCCCAGCGGUGCUAAGAAGGUUGUGAAGAGCCGCUCUCGAGGAAUGGUUGGCAUUGUUGCUGGAGGUGGUCGUACAGACAAGCCACUGCUUAAGGCCUCCCGCGCCAAACACAAGUUCUCCGUCAAACGCAACUCGUGGCCUAAGACUCGUGGUGUUGCCAUGAAUCCAGUCGACCAUCCUCACGGUGGUGGUAACCAUCAACACAUUGGUAAAGCCUCGACAAUCUCGCGGUACGCGUCCGCAGGUCAAAAAGCAGGUCUUAUUGCGGCCCGAAGAACUGGUUUGCUCCGCGGUACCCAGAAGACCAAGGAUUAG